AUGAAAUUUGAAGAUCUCUUGCUGGAAACCGGUGGCUUUGGCAGAUUCCAGAUCUUGAUUUUGUUUCUCCUCUGCUUCCCAAGAAUCAACCUUCCCAUGCAUUUCCUGCUGCACAACUUUCUUGCUGCUACCCCCUCUCAUCACUGUGCAAUUCCACACCAGGAGGCAUUUGUGAACCUCACCACAGAGGAGCUUCUACUCAUCAGCGUCCCCCGGGAGCCUGAUGGCACCUUCAGGUCCUGUGAGAUGUUCUCGCAGCCUCAGUUUUACCUGCUACUGCUCAAUUCCUCUCUACAACCAGAAAAUGACUCUCUCAUUGAGGACUGCAAGCAUGGAUGGGUCUAUGACCACUCGCAGUUUACCUCCACCACAGCCACCCAGUGGGACCUGGUGUGUGAGCAGCGUGGACUGAAUCAAGCAACUGCAACCUUCUUCUUCAUUGGUGUUACAGUGGGGGCUGUGAUCUUCGGAUACCUUUCAGACAGGUACGGCCGGAAAGCUAUGCUCCUGGUGUCGCUGGUGUGCUCGGGCAUGUUUGGGAUGCUAAGUGCCGCCUCCACCUCCUAUAGCAUGCUGGCUAUCACACGGACCCUCACUGGUGUGGCCCUGAGCGGCAUCUCCCUUAUCAUAUUGCCUUUGGGGAUGGAGUGGGUGGACGUGCAGCAUCGCACCCUCUCUGGGAUCCUGACUAGCAUCUUCUGGAGCAUCGGGAACAUGCUGCUGGCCAUGGUAGCAUACUUGGUGCGGGACUGGCGCUGGCUACUAGUUGCUGUAACUGGACCUUGUUUCCCGAGCAUCAUCUGCCUGUGGUGGGUCCCAGAGUCUGCCCGGUGGCUCAUAGCCAAUGGCAAAGUGAAACAAGCUCACAGGCAUCUGCUUAGGUGCGCAAGAAUGAACGGAAGGAAAGACUUUGCUGUCUCACCAGAGGCCCUCAGAAGGAUGACAACAGAGAAAAAGUCAGGAGAGAAUUACUCCUACAUCAGCCUGUUCAGGACACCAGUCCUACGGAAGAUCUCUCUCUGUUCUGGCGCUGUGUGGUUUGGUGUUGCCUUCUCUUAUUAUGGCAUGAGCCUGAACCUAACUGGUUUUGGGCUCAAUAUGUAUCUCUCCCAAUUUGUUUUUGGCAUCAUUGAGAUUCCAGCUAAGCUGAUCAUGUACGUGCUAGUGAAUCGAGUUGGACGACGGCAGAGUCAGGCAUGGACACUCAUACUGGCCGGAUUGUGCAUAGGAGCCAACGUCAUCAUUCCCAAGUCUUUCACCUCCAUGCGCUCUGUAGUAGCCAUUAUGGGCAAAGGUUUCUCAGAAUCUGCAUUCACUACUGUCUUCUUGUACACCUCUGAGCUCUACCCCACCAUACUGAGGCAGAAUGGGAUGGGAUACACCUCCUUCGUAGCACGCAUCGGAGGAGCUCUGGCCCCACUCGUGUUUUUGCUGGACGACGUGUGGCGGUCUCUGCCUGAGGUGACAUACUGUGGUGUCGCGGUGUGCUGUGGCUCCGUGGCCUUCCUGCUCCCAGAGACACUGAACGUGCACCUGCCUGAGGGCAUCGAGGACGUCGAGAAGACACAAGUGAGAGGGCCACUACAAAUCGGUGCUCCUGAGGGUGUGCCAUUACAGUCUCGUCUGAAGUGA